AUGUCAAUCCCGUUGUAUUUGAAGGUUAGUGGCGGCGGUAGUGGCGGUAAUGGUAGUGAUAGUAAUGGUAAUGGUAAUGGCAAUGGCGGUAGAUGCUUUACCGUGACAUCUCCCCAAACUAUCGAGUUUAUGGAAUCUACGUUUGAUUUCCACCAUAUUUUUCAGGAAUUGGAUACUGAUUACUCGCAAUUGUUCAAAGAGUCGAGAAAUAGCUGUAUUGUAUUGAUGGGUCCUACAGGUAGCGGCAAAACGACAAUGCUCAAACAAUUGGUUGCAGCGCAAUUGAAACAACACUCGGAAACCGGGUUUAUAUCUUGCUUCGAGAUGGCUAAUAACAAAUAUAUCGUUGAUUUGUUGGAUUCAUCUGAAUCAGAGUCAACAAAAAGAAUUGCAAUACCUGUAUCCAGAAGCUUCGACACUAAAUUGAAAAGAACCAGGGCCAACCCGGAAAUCAUAAAGCUGUUGUUGAAACAAAGAUUGUCAAUGUGCACUCAGUUCAAUGAAAACUCUUCUAGAAGUUGUCUUGUUAUCACUUUUUACUAUCCAAACCAUAGAAUUACCCUUGUUGAUUUGAUGGGUAAUGAAAAAAUGCCAAAAUCAUCUGCAACUGACUCUGCAGCUUCAAACUUUUUUGCAAAUACAAAUUUCUCAUCAAUAACUCAACUUAUGGUCAAUAACCAAAGAGAUGUUAGAUCUCAUAACCUGAUUACCAACUUUAUAUUCAAAAAUAAAGAUUUAAAGUUGGUCUUAAAUUUGGACCCUUACGGCGACGUUUCUUUAGUCAAAUCAAGCCUAACAAAUGUGGCCGACGCCUUAAAGAAUUUCAAAUUAUCUCACCAGACCCUUAUGGAUAAUAAUGAUCAUCAAAAUACAAAUACCUUGUCUAAAAGACCUAAAAGAGUACCAAGUUAUUCGUUACCAACUGUUUCUUCAAGUCGUCACAGUCCCGUUAAGAAAGUCAUUAGAAAAACUUUACCCUCACCAUUACCUCUAAACCGUGGAAUUGGUCAUAAGUUUAGAAUCAAUAAGCAGCCUGUUUCCAAAACUGCUCGAUUAAGCUCAACCAAAUUCGUCGAACAAUUGAAUAAAAAAAAGGCGCCAAUAAACGAAAAAUAUCUCGAAUCAAUUAAAAACAUAAAAUCAGAUAUUGGCAUUUUCAAAAAUGAGACUCGUGACUUGGUUGAAUCUUUUGUAGACUUGAAUAAUAAAUUACGGGUUUUGGAAAACGAUUCUAAGGAAAAGGCUAUAAUGUGUGAGCAAGUCGACCAAGAAAACUCAGAGUUGAAAGAGGCCAUCGAAACCCUUGAAAGUAAACUUAAGGAAUUCGAGGAAAUCAUUAAUGAGCUUGAAAAAGAGAGGGACUAUUCUAAUACUGAAUUGGUGAAAAGCAAUGAAAAAUUGAGCCAAGUCAAUAAGUUGAAGACCCAUUUUGAGAAAGAAGUGGAAUUAGGCAAGCUCGAGCAAAAAGAAUUGAUUCUUGAGAUUGAAAAUCUAACGCAAACGGCAAAUAACUAUAAGCAGAUAAUCGCCAAUAAUGAAACUUUCAUUAACAAGUAUGCAGAUGAACUCAAAACUCAACAAAAUGAAUUAUUUGAAAAAAAUACAGAGAUUGAAGACUUGAAAAGUGGAAAUUCUACUCUUGUUAAAAAGAUUGAGGCUCUUGAACAAAUUAACCAAGAAACAAUGACCAAGCACGAGAAAGAUUUUGCAAAUCUCCAGAUUGCAAAUAACGAAAUAGACAAUUUAAACUCACUUUUAAAGCAAAGAAAUGAAGAAAUUGUAAAGUUGCAAUCCAUGUCAAAUGACGUAAAGUCACACCAAGUAGCACUUGCGGAAAAAGAAAAACAAUAUCAACAACUCGUUGAAAAAGAGAAGGAGACGUUCAAACAAUUGACCGAAUUGCAGAAGAAUUGGGAGACCCUUUCCGCUAAAUCAGAUAAAAUUACUUUGGAAAAUGCAGAUAUCUUACUCAAACUCAAGAGCUCAAAUGAGCGCAAUCAUCAACUUGAAACAACUCUUAAAGAAAGAGAUACUCAGCUCAAAUUUCAACAAAAUGAGCUUUCAAAUUUAUCAAGCUCUAUUGACGAGUUACAGGCACUGUUAACCGAAAACGAAAACGAAGUGACCAAGCAUGUUGAACAGAAUUUGGCUUUAUCUCUGGAGCUUUCAUCAACUAAAGAAACACUUGCCAAUGCGAACCAAAGAUUUGAAUCAACAGAUAAAGAAUUGGAUAAGGUAAAACAAACUUUGACAAAGUUGGAAACAACGCUUAAUGAGAAGUCCUCCCUUGUAGAGCAAUUGAAGCAAGAGAUACAGAACCAAAAUGUAAGGCACGAAACCGAAUUGACAAAGACGAUAAAGGAACACGAUUCAGCUAUAGCAGCUAAAGAUGCAGAGAUCAAAAAACUUCAAACUUUUUCCAGUGAAGCAGCAGCUAACGAAGAAAAUAUCAACACAUCAUCCCCCUUUGGUAAUUUAACAUCACCCGGAAUCGGAUUCAAUACAGACGAUAUAUAUAACGACUCAGCAGUGGAACAUACGACUCGUCACUUCCACGCUGGAGACAAUACUAAGUCACUACUCUUGACGAACUGUUCUAAUUCACCAUACAAUCUAAAUCUCAAUUCAGGAGUUGGGGUCAAAGUCAAUACUCCAUUAUCAACUCCAUCGAAAUUUACCACCCAGAACACGCUGCAACAGAGAACAAAGAAUAGCGUUAAUGGCAAAAUAAAAGUGUCCUCUCAAAACUCAAGUAAGUACAACACCCCUAAAAAAAAUGGUAUCUUACAGCCUUCAAAUAAGACGACUCUGCUGGCUAAGAAGAUUGGGAAGAAAUCUCAUGGAGGUCUGCGUAAGAACUCAUCACCAUUGAAGAAGAAUGCUUUUGAAUCGAAUAAGUCAACACCCUUGAGGUCAGCUUAG